AAUUAGCCAUCCAGUAGCAACGAUGAUGUCUCAGCUCAGUAUCGCACCGUACCACACACACUGCGCGAUGAUUAUCGGAUAUUGCUGUAAUGUUGUCGUGGAAACCGGCUGGCUGAGGGAGAUUAGACGUCUCAGAACUGUCAACUGCUGCUUUGCCUAGCGUUGGGCCUAUCCCGGUAUGUGAUGAUGCUCGAAUUGUACAUAGAGGAAGCAGGCAGAGAUUUACAGCCCAGUGCUUUGUGUUUUUUGUCCCUUAAAGACCAUAUACUAUGGAGGUGGGAAAAACUAUCCCGUGGGGCAGAAUAUAAGGAGACGAAACCUACAGAACUAUGUCAGUAUAGUUUGGUGCGGAUUUCGUCAUCUUACAUCGAUUGAUCGUUCGUUUCUUUUGUGAUGGACACUACAACUACAGUCUCCAAGGAUGCUCCAUCCAAACGUCCAGUUAAGCUGGAGGAGGCUUUUUUAAUGACGAAGUUUGGCCUGUAUAAUGUGUGCCUGAUCGCCAUUUCCGGCACCAUCUUGGCCGCCGUACUGUUGGAAACGCUCGGCCUCAGCUACGUACUGCCGGUGGCCGAAUGUGACCUACUGCUGACGACCCGCGAGAAAGGGGUACUGAGUGCGAUCUCAUUCGCCGGCAUUAUUUGCAGUUCGCAUCUGUGGGGCUUUCUGGCGGAUACGCGUGGCCGGCGGGCAAUCAUCAUGCCUACGCUCUUUCUAGCCUUUGCCUCAUCGGCCCUGUCCAGUCUCACCACCAACUUCUGGCUGAUCACUGUGAUGCGUUUUUUGACUGGGUUUUUCAUUUCUGGACCAUCUGCCACCAUUUACGCGUACCUGGGAGAGUUUCACGGUAAACGGAACUGUUCCCGUGCGAUUAUGGGUGCAUCGUUUGUGUUUGGCGUCGGUUCGAUUCUGCUUCCACUGAUUGCCUGGUCCAUCAUCAACCAGGAGUGGGAGUUUACCAUCCCGGUGCUGAACAUCAUCUACCGACCGUGGCGAUUGUUCUUGGUGGUGUGCGCACUGCCAAGCUUCAUCAGUGCGCUAGCAUUGCUCUGGCUACCGGAGAGUCCUAAGUACCUGCUGUCACACGGGCGGGAAGCGGAAACGAUUACGGUGCUGCAAAGCAUGUACCGGUGGAAUAGAAGCUCGCGUGACCCUGCACUAGUGCUGACCGGCCUAUUGCAGGAAACGGAAGCACAACAGACCAAAGUUCGACGUGAGGAGGCAGCUAACAGUAAGAGCGUGGUUGGGCUGCUCAAGCAAAUGUGGCACCAAACGGCACCACUGUUUAUGGGUUCGUACCUGAAACGUACCAUCAUCAUCUGUGUACUGCAGUUCGGCAUAUACCUUACAUCUAGCGGGAUGUAUAUGUUCUUCCCCGACAUACUGAACCGGAUAGCGGAACAGCAGGCGAAAGGCGUGGAACGGAUCACGGUGUGCAAUGCGGUCUAUGCGACGCGUUUCGAUAUCGAGGAGCUGGUCAAUCUGACCAACGGUACGGUACGUCCCGACGUAUGCCACCAGAAGCUAGACAUCUCCGCCUACGAGCAUUCGUUCGUGCUGGAAGCGAGCUACGCGCUAGGGUUUGCUGUUAUCGGACUCAUCAUCAACGCGGUCGGACGGCUACCGAUACUGGUGUUCAUCUUCACUCUCUGUGGAACCUGUGGCGUUUUGAUCGUGUUUAUCGAUCUACCUCUACUAGCUAUCUGGUUCUACCUGAUACUGCUCACGUGUGGGUUUUGCAUUAGUGUCGUUAAUGCUUGUGCAGUUGACUUGUAUCCAACGAAUCUACGAGCUAUGGCCGUGUGCAUCUCGCUGAUGUUUGGAAGGCUCGGAAGCAUUGUAGGAUCCAAUCUGGUAGGCUUCCUGCUGGAUACGAACUGUGAGCUCACGUUCUGGAUCUCCGGCCUGCUGUUGGUUGGGUGUGGCGUGCUCUCCUUUUUCAUUCCACAUAUUUACAAACGCCAGGCGUCGGAACGGAUCAGUGUAUCGUCGCGAUGAGAUUCCGAAGAUGGGUGGUAAUCAUAGACCCUAUAGAGACUGAAACCUAACAAUCAUGGUAGCGUUUAAUUAUAAGAACACCUAGAGGUGAUAGCACGACAGGACUGGGUAUUGAAUAUGAUGUGUACUAACGUCCCGAACGCAGAACUAAGCUAUCCAGCUAUGGGUUUGAUAAAGUCAAAGAAGCCAGUACUGGUAGGCUAAGACCCCUCCAGGAUGAAGAGUCAUAAAGACAUCUCUUGACAUAAUGGUAGUUGGAGUGAACGGAGCCUCGGAAACUUAUUAAGAGAUGAAUGAGAUAUCAGAUAUCUAAGGAGCCUCUUUAAAUAAACGAUAAAAAAUGCCAAGGA